AUGUCCCAACGUCUAUUCUCCGCCUUGAAAAAAGGAUCUCCCAUCCGACACUUCCUUAAAGAAUUCUCCUACUAUAGUCUCAUAAUCGUAUCAUGGAUACCCGCCGUGAUCUUCUUUCAAGAACAUGUCGCCGCGCUGCACACCAUUAAGGGCGCUUCCAUGUAUCCGUUUUUCAAUAGUGGAUAUAAUGAGAGUCAGUCGAGGGAUGUAUGUUUAGUUGAUAAGAGGAAUCCUACUGAGGGAUUGGAGAGGGGAAUGCUGGUGUCUUUCCGAUCCCCCUACCGUCCCGAAAACCUAGUAGUAAAACGCAUCAUAGCACUCGAAGGCGAUCGCGUCUACACGCGCGCUCCAUAUCCAUACCCAAUAGCAGAUAUACAGGCGGGACAUGUAUGGGUUGAGGGGGAUAAUAAUGCGGAUGCGAGAAAUUCGCUAGAUAGUAAUCAUUAUGGUCCUAUUGCGGUUAAUUUGAUUAAUGGGAAGUUGACACGAGUGCUUUGGCCUUGGGGGAGUAUGGGGCGUAUUAGGUGGGAGGGGUGGAGGGGGAGGACGAAGGUGGUUAGGGGGUGGAAUGGCAGGGGGUGGAAUGGCGGGGUGUGA